AUCGGUGGUUAUCGUGUUUUGUGUGUGGUUUGUUGGGUGGUUGUUUUAAUCGUGUUUUAUCGGUGGGGACGAAGAAGGAGAACAUUAUUAUUAAAGGUAUUGGCAGUGGUUUAAGUUUACAUAAGUCCAACGCAAAAUUUAACCCAAAAGAGGUAAACGAAAACGGAUGAUGAGAUAAGUCUCUGGAACGCAAAACGUUUGCUAUGUCUGUUCUGAAUGAAAUCGAGAGGACUGCUCUCGGGUGCUUUAUCAUAUGGGGUUAGAUAUCUGGUUAUGUACAUUCAUAAGCAAUUUCUUUUUUUUCCGCUUUCAAGGGACCUUACAAUUAGCUAACUCACUUAUCAAUAAGUAUUGGGGCCUCCCAUUCGCCUGCAAUCUAGAGCUAUAUGUUUUUCUCUUUACCAUAUUAUUUAUGUAAUUUUUAUUUAUAUGUCUUCAUCACUCAAGUUGCAGGCGAAGUAGGGAGUUUUAAGAUUAAUGCGAAAUAAAUACAAUUUGCUUUUGGAAGAAUUCUCGAAUUCAUGUCGGCUUUGCCAUUGUUUUUCUUAUGGCCGGUAAGUAUAGUAAGGUGUCACAACAAUUGUUUCGACUUCCUCAGCUAGCUUUAACACUCCUUUCUUUUCUGGUUUUAAAAACAAAACUAAAGGAAACAAAAAACUAAGUUUUAUGUGUGUGAGCAAGAGAUAGAAAGAGAUAGAGAGAAGUGUAGGAAACGAAAAGUGAUUGAACUGCUGGGAAUGCAAAUUUCGGAUUUGACUUUUUUUUUUGUUUUUUGCAUUGGUGGCGGAUAUAUAAUUUACAGAUCGAUAGAGAUGAGGACUUCUUUCGGAGAAGAAUAAUUGACCAAUUUCUGGCCGCCAUUUAUGAUUUUUUUUGCUUUAGCCAAUCAAAGUUCGCUGCAGAUUUCGAUAUCGAAUUAGAAUUGUAUUGACUGAUAGGUAGGAUUUUAACGAUGACCACUUAAUCGAUAUUUAUCAAAAUGUUAUCGCUCGACUGACUGACUGACUGACUGACUGACUGUCUGACUGUCUGACUAGUUAUGGCUGAGAAAUCAAAAGAAAACACAGAGUUAAGAGGAAGAGAGACCUGUGAAAUUUCGAUAAUGGCUUGGUUCAGAAUUGAUUUGAUUUAAAAUCGAAUGCAGAUUGAUUGGCUGAGUGGUUAAGUGAGUGGUUUAGUUGUUGAAUUGAAAUUUGGAGUGGUUGUUCGUUUGUGGCGGCUUUAGCGAGGUGAGUUUCGUGAGCUGAGCUGUGGUGAGAGACAUACUUUAAGAGGUGAAUACUGAAUACUGCAGUGAUCAGUGAUUAGUGAUCAGUGGUCUGUGAUAGUGGUGAGUUCUUAACUUGGGUGCCACUUUGUGGUGAGUUGUGAUCUGUGAUCUGGGUGGUUGAGUGGUGUCUUUUGUGGUAAAGUGGCAGAGUGGUGGUUGUGUGGUAGAGUGGUGAAGUUGAGAACGCGAGAGCGAGCGGAGCAGAGAUAGAGUGAGAUCGAGUGAGAUCAUGUUCUUUCAAGUGCUCGUCGUGGCAAUCCUGUUUUGGGCCAGCUCCUUCUGGCUGCAGCGUCGCUAUCUAAAUGCCCUGGAGUGUCUGUUUGCCUGGAUCGCCAAACAGUUGGCGAUAGCUGGCCGGAAGCGGGCUCGCGACGAGCGCAAACAGCUGACCAAGAAGUGGAUUUUGCCGGGAAUGAAGGAGCAAAACGACUCUGGAUCCGAGAACCCAAGGCAACGUGACAGGGGUGAUGGCGUGAAUAUGCUGCUCUCGCCGCCGAUGAAGAAUCGCCUAAACGUACGUGUGGAGGAGUGUUGUGAUCUGAUCACCUCUGGCCUCGCCUUGGUGUUGGAGGACGAGGUGACCCAGCGGUUUGUGGCCGCACCAGCACCAGCUGGCAAAUGGAAUCUGCUGACGCGCAAUUUGCGACAGAGGAAGCGAUAUCUUAACUGGCAAUUGAGAUUGGUCUGGCUACUCGGCUGGCUAAUCCGCUAUGCAUUGCUUGUGCCAAUGCGAACCGCUGCCUGCUGUCUGUGCCUGUUCAUGAUCAGCGGACUAACGCUGCUGUUGGGCCACCUGCCCGAUUGGCAUUUCAAGAAACAGCUGGUGGAGUUGGUACUGCGCCAGUGCUUUUGCAUCACAGCCGGUUGUUUGCCCAUGAUCCGUCGAUUCCACAACAGGGAGUAUCGACCCACUAGGGGCAUUUGUGUGUGCAAUCAUACCAGUCCCUUGGAUGUCCUUGUGCUGAUGUGCGAUGGCAAUUACUCGCUGACGGGACAGGUGCAUGAUGGUAUUUUGGGAAUCUUUCAGAGGGCCCUCUCCCGGGUCUCCCAUCACAUGUGGUUCGAUCGCCGUCAGCUGAAUGAUCGUGAGGGCCUGGGUUUGGUCCUUCGAAUGCAUUGCUCGGCAAAGGAUCGACCGCCGGUUUUGCUCUUUCCCGAGGGAACCUGCAUCAACAACACCGCCGUGAUGCAGUUCAAGAAGGGCAGCUUUGCCGUCAGCGACAUUGUCCAUCCAGUGGCCAUUCGAUACGAUCGCCGUUUUGGAGAGGCCUUCUGGGACAGCGCCCGGUACUCGAUGCUCCGGUACAUGCUGAUGGUGGUCAGUUCAUGGUGCAUCUGCUGCGAUGUCUGGUACAUGGCACCGUUUAGCCGCUGUGCGGAUGAGUCGCCGGUGGAGUUUUCGAAUCGCGUGAAGGCCGCCAUUGCCGCACAGGCGGACAUCGACGAUCUGCCCUGGGAUGGCAACCUGAAGCGCUGGAGUCCAGUGAGGGAUUGGCAGUAGUCCACCUGACAUCAUACCAACCGAUUCGUUCCCCAAGAAAUACCAAGCAUACGCACACACUUAUCAUUGCUCCCAAGUAUCUUGUAUUUUUAUAAUCAUGUAAUACAAGACAACAGAAUUGUAAUAAACAACAUAUUUUCGAGGGUUGAUAAAGAAAAUGUAAAAAAAAUA